UCAGGGCAUUAAGCUUGUCUCAGCUCUGACAACACUUCCUGCUUAAAACAGGUCACAUGCAAAGUUGCCAAGUUACCAGGCUCAAUAUAUUUAGGGAGAGUCUGUGAAUGUUAUCAGAAUUGGCUUUGGGAUCUCUGACCCUUGUCACAAUGCUGAGGUGUGCCUUGAUUGUUGUGGUGUGCCUGGCGGGGACGUCAGUGGCUUUAACAGACUCAUCGCUAGACCUGCACUGGCACCUGUGGAAGAAGACGCACAACAAGGCCUAUGACAUCGAGGCAGAGGAUGCUAUGCGACGGGAGAUAUGGGAGAAGAAUCUGCAGCUAGUUUCUCUCCACAAUCUGGAAGCUUCCAUGGGAAUGCACACCUAUGAUCUGUCCAUGAACCACAUGGGAGACCUGACAUCCGAGGAGAUUCUUCAGCGGUUUGCGCUGCUGCGUGUGCCCUCAGGCCUAAAGAGGGACACCUCGGCGUUCGUGGGUUCCUCUGGUGCCCCGAUCCCUGACUCUGUUGACUGGAGACAGGAGGGCUAUGUCACAGGGGUGAAAAUGCAGGGUGCCUGUGGGUCCUGCUGGGCGUUCAGUGCUGUGGGGGCCCUGGAGGGUCAGCUGAAAAAGACCACGGGGAAGCUAGUGGAUCUCAGCCCUCAGAAUCUGGUGGACUGUUCAUCCAAGUAUGGCAACAAGGGCUGCAAUGGGGGCUUCAUGUCCGAGGCGUUUGAAUACGUCAUUGAAAACCAGGGCAUAGACUCGGAUGCUGCUUACCCGUACCAGGGGGUGGAUGGUCAGUGCAAGUACAAGGCUGACCAGCGCGCUGCCAACUGCACUAGCUACAGCUUCGUGACCGAGGACAACGAGGAGGCCCUGAAGCAAGCCGUGGCCACCAUCGGGCCCAUCUCCGUUGCCAUCGAUGCCACUCGCCCGACCUUUACCUUCUUCCGCAGUGGGGUGUACAAUGACGUGUCGUGCAGUCAGAAGGUAAACCAUGGAGUGCUUGCAGUGGGUUAUGGCACUCUGGAUGGACAGGAUUACUGGCUGGUUAAAAACAGCUGGGGGGUGAGCUUUGGAGAACAGGGCUUCAUUCGCAUGGCCCGCAACAAGGGCAACCAGUGUGGCAUUGCCAAGUAUGGCUGCUACCCAGUCAUGUGAUCGACCUCCUGAGGGAGAACUUCCUAAAGGGAUUGGCAUCUCUAUUGUUUUUUAUUGUAUUAUAUUGUGUACUCUUUUACUGUAGCAAAAUCUUUAAUAUUUAGCAAGAUCUUUAUUAUAUGUGCAGUAUACAGCCAACCACUAUGCUUUAUCAUUAAAUGAGGAGGGUCAGUUACUGAUAGCAAACUAUCAUGAAUGUUUUAUUAAAAUCAUUUCUUUCAUGUUGAUCUAAGUGCCUUAGUUGUGAAAUGGAUCUCCAUCCUCUGAAUUGUAGAAUGACUGUAAAACGUUUAGCAAGAUCUUUGCUAUAUGUGCAGUAUAUAUCAACUAUACUUCCUUAACAAGUGAGAAGGAUCAUUGUUAGCAAACUAUCAUGAACGUUUAAUUAAAAUCAUUUCACAUUGA